AUGGAAGAUUCAAAUUCAAAUCAUUCAUCAGAUGAAACCAUUUCUCUAUGUGAUCUUCCAUUGUAUGGCAACAAUCAAAUUGAUCAUCAUCAAGAUCAAGAGCAAGAUCAUGAUCAAGAAGACUACUUUGAGUUCUUUACCCAAGAUCUCGCCCCCGAGCCCCUCGUCGUGCCCGAAAACAUCGUAUUUUGUGGCAAACUCAUAUCCUCAAAGCCCUCAAACAGUUCUAACCAUGACAACCACCACCCCACCAAGAUCAAGAUCAAGAAAAGAUUCUUUGGUUGGAGUUGGGACUUAUUCUCGAUUUGGCGCGUGUUUGGCGGGGAAAAAAGGGUCGAAACGACGAGCGCCACUCUAAAACACGAUGAAAGAUACAAUGCCGAGAAGCGGGGGGAUUUCAUAGUUCGCGAAAUGCCGGUUUUGUCCACUUCAUCGUCGGGGAAAGGUCGAUGGUACUUGUUACUGUUUGGAAUCUCUCGGUUUUCAACUAAGGUGGACCUCAGGGAUUUCAAGAACCGGCGGAGCCGCCGCCGCCACCACUCGUCGGCAUCGGAAUCCGGCGACGGCGGUGGCGAUGGGUGGAGCAAAAGAGGGUCAAGGGUGUGGGGAUUCAUAAGAGUGCUUAGUUGUGGAGCAAACCAAAAUCCAAACACAAUGCUUGUAGCUUCAAUAAGAUGA